ACUCCUCACAUCCGCUUGAUGUUUUUUGUUAGCACCUGAAUCCGUUUCUUUUUCAAACAGGAGGAAUAUUAAUUGGUUAUUUACCCCUUUUCCUCGAAUUUAUUCGAUUAUCGAACUCUCAAAUGUCUUGGCACGAAAACAAAUAUGUGACAAACAUCAUUGACCGCCGCUGAAAAACAACAGAUAAUAAUACGUUCCUGAACGAUUCAGAUGUCCACUCAUUCAGGCUGGCAGUGAUACGUCCGCAUCAGAGAAAAGAGAAAUUUCUUUUUUCUCUAUUGACGGAGAAGAAUCAUAAGGAAGAGCAUUUCAUUUACAUUUGUUAAAGACAGCCAGGAUAGGUUGAGAUCUAGCAAACAGUGUUUUGCUGCAUGUGGCGCUUACACCUGGAGUUGUCAAUGAGGAAACUCUGCUCGUGGCUAUUUUAUUCAAAGAGUGUGUCUAUUAUCGUUAGCUAAAAGACUCCUCCGCUCGCUGUUCUUUGGAGAUUAGGCGUACUGGCGAACCUCAUCAUGUUGUGAUUUCUGAAAGUGAAGGAUUGGCAUGGACAAUAAAACUACUUCUUUGCCGACAACGGCGGUGCAAGAGAAAGAAAUUCCCUUUUGGAUGGUAGUUGUAUGGUGUGUGGCUGGUUUCCUCGCAGUUACUAUGAUCAUAGUGGGUAUUUACUAUAGCUACUUUGUUUGCUGCCAAACUCGGAAGAAGCGUAAAAAUAAAAGACCACAUGCAAAGCACCAAAAUUUGAGACACCCAGUGGAUGUAUAUCCCAGAGCAUUCAUCGAACAACUGCAUGACAGUGAAACCAACUCUAGAGCCAUGUUCUCGCCGUCAUUCGUGGAUAAUAUGAGAAUUCCCCGUGCAAUGGAGGUUAAAAUUAUAGAAUCGGUGAACAGUAUAAACAACACUCAUCCCCUUCCUCAGCUCAACUCACCAUGUCUUUCACCCAAACGCAGUAACAGUAAGGAGCAUUUAAGUCCAGAGAUGUUUUCCCUUCCCAAGGGAAGGAUGCCGCCAUCGAGACAACAGUCUUUUAGAUAUUCGAACAUGACCACUGAAGAGUCCAACGAGAGAAUUUACAGAGAGAAGAUGCUAGUAUCUGAGUUAAGGGAGAAACUUCGUCAUCAAAAUAUGAUUGAUGAGUAAGGAACCAGCGAAUGUUAAACGAGGCGAUGACAAUCGCAGCACGAUUACAAUCCAUGGACGAGAGAAAUUAAAGAGAGAGGCUACUGUAUUUGGGUGGAGGAAGUAGCGAUUUAAUUCAAAAGAGAAUAUGGAGGAAGACCCGAUGAGCAAUCCAAGAUAAGUAAUGCAAUGAAAUAAGAGCGACUUGCAGGAAAGAGAUCAACACCUUGGGUUUAGGUCAAAUGAAACCAUCAGUCAAGGACAAAGCUAUGAAUUUCUAAUAUGAGGGUCGUAUGAGAUUUAAGGGAUCGAAAAAACAAACAAUUAUUAAAAGGAUGAAGGAUAAACAUAGGUAACUAUAUCGUAUCGACAUUGAGAGGACUGAUGGGUCAAUAGCCGUCAUUUGCCACCGGCAUGCGAAUGACGUGCGAAACUAGCCUCCGACGCCGAAAAUCUAGAAACCGGGUAAAGUAUGAACUCCGAAGCUGCCUUAAAGGGAAAGACUUGAUUAUCCUUAUUAGUCAAAGACGUUGUUAAAAACAAGUGAAUGUAACUAUAGUGAGACUCGAAUUACUGCCUUCCAAAGUAGGCAAGGACUUAAACGCUACUAGAGACAGAAACAAAUGCUCGAGAGAAAUGCAGUUCCAUUGUUUUGACGUUUUCUUAGGCUUCGCCUCCUGAAAUCUCAAAAUGCCCAGUGUCUUUUAUGAAGCUCCCCAAGGGAGAUGAAAAUAGAGGCUGGUAAGGAGUCUCCUUAUGCCCAACAUAUAUUAACAAGGAGAUUCUCCUCAAUAAAUACCAUAUUUA